GACGGAAUUUGACCACCAAACCAGCCACAGACGCCAUGGGGAUUCCACCUGCCGCCAUGUCGGAACUUGGCGGUUUAACGGUGGCCUGCCGUGACUUCGGCCCAGUGCCGACACAGCGACGAGCGCCGGCGCUGUUUCAACGAAAGGCGCCUUUAAGAGGCCCGAAGCAGAGUGGUUUGGGCUGGGCCGUGAUGGCAGGUGCUGGCAGCGCCGCUGCCAGUGCAUGCCACGCCUGGCGAUGCAAACCGCAGCGCGCGCAGCGCACGCGAACUGUUGUAACGUGUGCAGCCGGAGGGGCCAACGCAGCAGAAUUGAAAAGCGAACUGCUGGAGAUCUUGGCUGGUGAAAACUGGGAUGCCAGCAGGGUGGAAGCAGCACAACGUGUGGAAGACCUGGUCCAAGCACUCAUUGAAACGUAUGAGAGCUCCAAAGUGCCAGAUCAGGAAGCACAACGGCUUUUGGAGGGUCGAUGGCAGUUGCUCAGCACCUUCACACCAGGACAGGCUGCAGCCAACCUCUUCAGCCUCAAAAGCUGGCAGGAGUAUGUCUUUGGCAAAGGACCUUCGCCUGUACAGGCUGCAGCCUUUACGAACAAUGCUGUUCAGAAGGUCUACCAGGUCCUCGACUUGUCCGUCUCGCCAAAGCGCUGGUACAAUGUCAUUGAUGCCACCCCUGCGGGCAUCAUUUGCCUGGAAGCUGACCUGACUUCGCAAGAUGCAGACGUGCGCUUUCAGUGGACGGGCGGGCAGAUCAUUGUGAAGAGGCCCCCAUGGUCUCAAGAGGAUCUGCCCAAACCCAUUCGUUUGCCUUAUCCUGUGCCCUUUGCCCUGCUGGGUGAUCGGGCCCGAGGAAUCUUCGAGACCGCCUACUUGGAUGAAGAUCUGCGAGGAGCUCGUCCGGACUCCUCAAAGACAUCUCCCGCGAAACCAGGACCUAGUCCAGGACCUGGUCUGGACGUGAGACACGACAAACAUGUACCAACAAAGUCAUCCAUGGCAAACGGGCGGAACAUGAUGCCACCUGCGUCCAACGGAUUUGGGCCGCACGUCGACGGUGUACAAUGGUGGAAGUGACGAACGGCGCAUAACGGCGCUUGAUUCUCCCGUUCGCACCAUGUCAACCGAACAAGGCGCGUCGAUGCAGCACCUUCUUCGAUGCGUCGCCCGUCGCCGGUCGCGAGGCAUCUCCCGAGGAUCCAAGAGUGGAAGCGUCUUCGUGCUUCGCCGCGAGAGCAACCCCUUGCCCAUGGAAGAUGUCUACUUCUCCCAAUCCUGAGGGCAAAGCUUCGUGGCUGCUUUGUGGUAAAAAGAUGGCGGGCAACCAGCCUUCUACGCUGCAGAUCUUGAGCAUGGAUGUUGGCGGGCAUGUGCAGUACGUGAGAAGAUGUGCAAGAUUCAUACGUGAAUCAUCGUGAAUCCUUACUUAACUUAUCUUAGGGAAGGUGGAU